GCGCGCGUGGCGGCCCCAGGUACGCGGACAAGAUGGCGGCGGCAGCGGUCGACAGCGCGAUGGAAGUGGUGCCGGCGCUGGCGGAGGAGGCCGCGCCUGAGGCGGCGGGCCUCAGCUGCCUCGUCAACCUGCCCGGCGAGGUGCUGGAGUACAUCCUGUGCAGCGGCUCGCUGACGGCCGCCGAUAUCGGCCGCGUCUCCAGCACCUGCCGGCGGCUGCGCGAGCUGUGCCAGAGUAGCGGGAAGGUGUGGAAGGAGCAGUUCCGGGUGAGGUGGCCUUCCCUUAUGAAACACUACAGCCCCACCGACUACGUCAAUUGGUUGGAGGAGUAUAAAGUUCGGCAAAAAGCUGGGUUAGAGGCCCGGAAGAUUGUAGCCUCCUUCUCAAAGAGGUUCUUUUCAGAGCACGUCCCUUGUAACGGUUUUAGUGACAUUGAGAAUCUUGAGGGACCAGAGAUAUUUUUUGAGGAUGAACUGGUGUGUAUCCUAAAUAUGGAAGGAAGAAAAGCUUUGACCUGGAAAUACUAUGCCAAAAAAAUUCUUUAUUACCUACGACAGCAGAAAAUUUUAAAUAAUCUUAAGGCUUUUCUUCAGCAGCCUGAUGACUAUGAAUCAUAUCUUGAAGGUGCAGUGUAUAUUGACCAGUACUGCAAUCCUCUCUCCGACAUCAGCCUCAGAGACAUUCAGGCCCAGAUUGACAGCAUCGUGGAGCUUGUUUGCAAAACCCUCCGGGGCAUAAAUAGUCGCCACCCCAGCUUGGCCUUCAAGGCAGGUGAAUCCUCCAUGAUAAUGGAAAUAGAACUCCAGAGCCAGGUGCUGGAUGCCAUGAACUACGUCCUUUAUGACCAACUGAAGUUCAAGGGGAACCGAAUGGAUUACUAUAAUGCCCUAAACUUAUAUAUGCACCAGGUUUUAAUCCGCAGAACUGGAAUCCCAAUCAGCAUGUCUCUGCUCUACCUGACGAUUGCCCGGCAGUUGGGGGUCCCACUGGAGCCUGUCAACUUCCCCAGUCACUUCUUAUUAAGGUGGUGCCAAGGUGCAGAAGGGGCAACCCUGGACAUCUUUGACUACAUCUACAUAGAUGCUUUUGGGAAAGGCAAGCAGCUGACAGUGAAAGAAUGCGAAUACCUGAUCGGCCAGCAUGUGACUGCAGCGCUGUAUGGGGUGGUGAAUGUAAAGAAGGUGUUACAGCGAAUGGUGGGAAACCUUUUAAGCCUGGGAAAGCGGGAAGGCAUCGACCAGUCGUACCAGCUCCUGAGGGACUCCCUGGAUCUGUACCUGGCGAUGUACCCGGACCAGGUGCAGCUCCUCCUCCUCCAAGCCAGGCUCUACUUCCACCUGGGCAUCUGGCCAGAGAAGUCUUUCUGUCUUGUCUUGAAGGUGCUUGACAUCCUCCAGCACAUCCAAACCCUAGACCCCGGGCAGCACGGGGCGGUGGGCUAUCUGGUGCAGCACACGCUGGAGCACAUUGAGCGCAAGAAGGAGGAGGUGGGCGUGGAGGUGAAGCUCCGCUCCCACGAGAAGCACAGAGACGUCUGCUAUGCCAUUGGGCUCAUUAUGAAGCAUAAGAGGUAUGGCUAUAACUGUGUCAUCUAUGGUUGGGACCCCACCUGCAUGAUGGGACACGAGUGGAUUCGAAACAUGAACGUCCACAGCCUGCCUCACGGCCAUCAUCAGCCUUUCUAUAAUGUUCUGGUGGAGGAUGGGUCCUGUAGAUAUGCCGCCCAAGAGAACUUGGAGUAUAACGUGGAGCCUCAGGAGAUCUCACACCCUGACGUCGGACGCUAUUUCUCCGAGUUCACGGGCACUCACUACAUCCCGAACGCAGAGCUAGAAAUCCGGUACCCAGAGGAUCUGGAGUCUGUCUAUGAAACGGUGCAGAAUAUUUACAGUGCAAAGAAAGAGAAUGUGGAGUAAAGUCUAGGGGGACAUUGUACCUUUGCUGCUGCUGCUAAUUUCCAAGAGAACAGGAUUCCGGACGGAGAUGUCUCCACGGAUCCCUCUGGAUUCACACCACCGGGAAAGCCACUUAACCAGUAGUGCUGAUUGCCUCCUACUAAGUUUAAAUCACGUGUGCUCUCCUCCAGCUGCAAAGACAAUGUUGCUCUCCGCCUACACUAGUGAUUCAUUGAAAGGCACUGUGUUCAGUGGCAUGGCUUGUAUGCUUGUCCUGUGGUGACAGUUCGUGACAUGCUGUCUUCAUGACGUCUCACAGUCGACACUCUUAUAACCAUUCUUUUUCUUCACUUCCCAUCGUGUCUGUCUACAUUGUCUCAGAACGUUUCAUUUGCUGGACAGAUGGGGUUGUCCGUUUGCAGUCAUUUCUCUGAUUUCUCUGUGGGAUGUGUGCCCUCCUCAGUCAGGAUCAUCUGUCUUUUUACCCUGCAUUUAGUGCUGAUCCAGGGCUGAAGCUCUAGGUGAUAUUGGCAGCAUCUCAGCUCUGGAGUCAUUAACAAACUAAUGGUAAUCAGAAGUGUUGGAAUUUAUUUUUUUCUAAUUCUUGAAACAGAUUUCAGGCAUUUAUCCUUUUCUUUAUUUGAAUUGAGAGGAUGACACAGUUUUGCCUUCCGGAUUCGUCUCUUGGAUUUACGCUCAUAUCUCUACGAAUUAUUAGUUUUCUAUUUUAUUACAUAAAAUUAUUUGAGAAAAUGCGUAAUUAAUAAUAGCCUUUGUGAAUGGGGUUUUCCACAUUCAUCUGCUCUUCCUCCCUUUAAAAUAAGUGGGUUUUUAAGAGAAAUCUACUCCAGUAUCGUAAGUAGAUCUUAAAUCAGUGAUGAGUUCUCUUUGUAGUAGGAAGUACAAUCUGCUGUUAAAAUGUCUGCUUUUAGAAACUGUACUCCGUGGUCUCCAAAGACCUGAAAAUGAGGUUUCACUUGUAUAACCAGAAAAAAGAAGAGAUAAUGAAACUUGGAAAUUAAAAAGGAAAGGGGAGUUUUCGUGCUCCCUGUGCUUCCUUAGAAUCACUUCAGGACCUUUUUGAAUGUGGCAGGGUAGAAAUAAACGGAGUAUCUCCAAUUUUAAGAGCGUGUGCCCUGUGGGAAAGGAGACGUGAGCGUGGCCCGUGUUCUCGAGUUACCGUUGCUGUGAAAGCACCAGGAGAAAGUCUGUGCUCAAGCCGCUGGGGAGUCCGGCUGCAUAGCCAGGCUCCGCUGGCACCGGUCCUUUCCAUGUUCAUGGUACCUGAGCGUGAAGGUACCGAGUCUUAACUCGGCUCCGGACUCCCACCGUUCUCGACCCGUCCCUCCUCCAGCAGGCUGACCUUGUAGUUCACCAGUAGCAGCUAACUUCUGGAGUUAGGACCUAGUUACUUUACUCUCUAAGUUUAAAAGAUUCCAGUCGCUCUAGUGAAUGAGGCUUUCGGGGGGCUGUGGUCCAGCCGCGCCUCGCUGCCUACUGCCCAUUUGCAUGCGGUAUUGUCGCACCAUGUUUGAUGACUGCCUCUCGUUUACCCUUUGGAAACCCUGGGAUGACCAAGGUUUGGGGAAGCCACCUGAGACCCCUUACUAGCAAGUGACAGCUAUUGAGCAGUUAUGGGAAAGAGAUGGGGAUUUGGCUAGCCAGCUCCCUCCAGCCCCCAUCAGCUCUGGUCCAGGGCCCGUGUUCCUCAUCUGUCCAAUCCAAAGUCAGAUGAUUUGGACUUGCAUUUGAAAUUGUGACCACUCACAACACCCGGCCCGUCUGAGGUUGGGGGGUUUUACACUACUCUCAUUUAAAGGUGAAAAUUAGAUACUAUGGCAUUAAUGUUAAUGAGAUGCAUUACUAAGAAUCUGUGGCGCAUGCUGAGAGUUAACAAUUGUUGGUUUUCUGGUUUGAUUUCCUUUUUUCUUAGAGUAACAUCGAAGCCAAGAAAGAUGGUUUUACCUUUACUGACCCACUGUAAAUAUGUAUCUAGACUGUUUCUAAAUGUGUUUCUUCAUGAAUGCUUCAUUUGGCUCCAGGAAGCCUGUGUCACCUGUGUAAGUUGGUCUUUGGGCACUUUAUAUUUUUCUAAAAAUGUGUUUUGGAUCCUGUACUCUAAUAAAUCAUAAGUUUCUUUUUAAAAUUUUUUGAAGCGUUAUCUCCACUUUAAAAACCCCUGUUAUAAAAGUAGAACUUUCACAAUGUUGAAAUAUUAAAUAUUUGGAUAUAGUAACUUCUUUUCUCUUCAAAUGAAUGCCAAGAUUUUUUUGUACAAUGAUUAAUAAAUGGAACUUAUCCAGAGAAACCACA